AUGCGGCAGGUUUGCUGCUCAGUGCCGCCACCGCCACUGGAGGAGGCUUCGUGCAGCAGCAGCAGCAGCAGCGGCAGCGGCAGCAGCGGCAGCGGCAGCAGCAGCAACCACAGCAGCAGCAGCAGCAGCCACAGCAGCAGCAUCGCCCGUCCCUCUGCGCCCCCAGAGCCGCGGCCGCAGCCACAGCCGCAGCCCAGCAGCCGGGACAGCAGCUGCGCCGCCGCCGCCGCCGCCGCAGCCCGCUGGGGAGCCGCAGCCGCCGGCGGCAUGAGGCGCGACCCGGCACCCGGCUUCUCCAUGCUGCUCUUCGGGGUGUCACUCGCCUGCUAUUCGCCCAGCCUCAGGUCGGUGCAGGACCAGGCGUUCAAGGCGCCCGUGGUGGUGGAGGGCAAGGUGCAGGGGUUCGUCCAGCCCGGGGGCUCGAAUAGCACCCGAGAGCCCCCGGUCUCGGGCUGGGCGGCGCUGGUGAAGGUGUUGGACAAGUGGCCGCUUCGGAACGGGGGGCUGCAGCGGGACCAGGUGAUCACCGUGGGUUCCUGCGCGCCCGUGGAGAGGAACCAGCGCUACAUCUUUUUUCUGGAGGCCACCGAAGAGCCCAAGGUCUACAAGACGGCCUUCCCUCCCCUGGACACCAACGGCAAGAACCUCAAGAAAGAGGUGGGCAGGAUCCUGUGCAUCGAUUGCGCUGUCCCACCCAAGUUGAAGAAAAUGAAAAGCCAGACGGUCCAGGUGGGGGAAAAGCAGUCCCUAAAAUGUGAGGCAGCUGCCGGCUAUCCCCAGCCUGCCUACCGUUGGUACAAGGAUGGGAAGGAACUCAACAGGAGCAAGGAUAUCCGGAUUAAGUACGGGAACGGCAAAAGAAACUCCAGGCUGCAGUUCAAUAAGGUGAAGGUGGAAGACGCUGGGGAGUAUGUCUGUGAGGCAGAAAACAUUCUCGGAAAGGACACAGCCAAAGGCAAACUGAAUGUGAACAGCGUGGCCACCACCCUCUCGUCAUGGUCUGGACAUGCUCGGAAAUGCAAUGAGACUGCCAAGUCUUACUGUGUCAAUGGUGGCGUCUGCUACUACAUUGAGGGCAUCAAUCAGCUGUCCUGCAAAUGUCCAAAUGGAUUCUUCGGACAGAGAUGUUUGGAGAAACUGCCUUUGCGAUUGUACAUGCCAGAUCCUAAGCAAAAAGCUGAGGAGCUCUACCAGAAGAGGGUCCUGACUAUCACAGGAAUCUGCGUGGCUCUGCUUGUUGUCGGCAUCGUCUGCGUGGUGGCCUAUUGCAAAACCAAAAAACAGAGGAAACAGAUGCACAACCACCUUCGGCAGAACAUGUGCCCAGCCCAUCAGAAUCGGAGCUUGGCCAAUGGACCUAGCCACCCCCGACUAGAUCCUGAGGAGAUUCAGAUGGCAGAUUACAUCUCCAAAAAUGUCCCUGCCACUGACCACGUCAUCCGGAGGGAAACUGAGACCACAUUCUCUGGGAGCCACUCCUGUUCGCCGUCCCAUCACUGCUCCACAGCCACACCCACCUCCAGCCACAGACAUGAAAGCCACACAUGGAGCUUGGAGCAGACAGAGAGCUUGACUUCGGAUUCCCAGUCAGGUAUCAUGAUGUCAUCCGUGGGCACCAGCAAGUGUAACAGCCCAGCCUGCAUUGAGGCUCGUGCCCGGCGUGAGGCAGCCUGCAACAUGGAGGAUGAAAGGAGGCCAGCCAUGCCAUACCAUGAUUCGGUGGACUCCCUCCGGGAUUCACCACACAGUGAAAGGUAUGUGUCAGCCCUCACCACACCUGCCCGCCUCUCGCCUGUCGACUUCCACUAUUCCCUGGCCACGCAGGUGCCUACCUUCGAGAUCACCUCACCCAACUCAGCCCAUGCUGUCUCACUCCCCCCAGCUGCACCCAUCAGCUUCCGUCUUGCUGAGCAGCAACCCCUCCUGCGGCACUCGCCCACCUCCGUGGCCCCUGCCUCUGACAUGCAGCGUAGCUACGACAGCUACUACCCGCCCCGCCGGGGCUGCUCCCAUGACAGCAUGGGAAGUCUGCCCGCCAGCCCCUUCCGAAUCACCGAGGACGAUGAGUAUGAGACUACACAGGAGUGUGCCCCCACCCUUGAACCGCCCAAGAGAACAUCUACAGGUCAUCGGCGGUGGAGGAAAUCCAGACUGAACGGGCACAUGGCCCAGCGGGCGCGGGCCGUCCGGGACUCCUUCUCACUCAGCAGUGCCUCCUACAGUGAAUCAGAUGAGGAGCUGGUGGCCGAGUGUACCCCUUUUCUCAGCAUCCACACCUCGGACAUGCUGGGCACGGACUCCCCUCCGCUGUACCAGCCAGUGGACAGCAGGACUUAUUACUCCUUAGACAGACACAGCACCCAAGAGAGCAGACACAGCCGUAUCACACACCCGCGGGGGAAACAAGACUCCGCUCCCCUCUAGGACCCUCUCUUUCUCCCCUUCCCCACCUCGUCCUCCUUCCUCCCUCCCCCCACCCCCGUCUCAUUUCCUUCCUUCUGCUCCCAGUAUCUUUAAGGAGAACAAAAACCACACACUUGGAAAGAAAAAAAAGAAAUAAAAAUAUUUUUAUUUUAUA